UCCAGCAUCCUCACCUAUCCAGAACAUAAAUAAAAACUUGGGAGUUUGUUGCUUAUUAACGGAAGCUAUGAAGUCUAAGUCCAAUUUGGCCCAGAAUCCAAGCUGUAGCAUAAUGAUAUUUCAUCCAACCAAAGAAGAGUUUAAUGAUUUCGAUAAAUACAUUGCUUACAUAGAAUCCCAAGGUGCACACCGAGCAGGACUGGCUAAAAUAAUUCCACCCAAGGAAUGGAAAGCCAGACAGACCUACCAUGAUAUCAAUGACAUCUUAAUAGCUGCUCCCCUCCAGCAGGUGGCUUCUGGGCGGGCGGGUGUGUUUACUCAAUACCACAAAAAGAAGAAAGCUAUGACUGUGGGUGACUAUCGCCACUUAGCAAAUACUGAAAAAUAUCGGACUCCACCACACGUAGAUUUUGAGGAUCUGGAGAGAAAAUAUUGGAAAACGCGCCUCUAUGAUUCACCAAUAUAUGGCGCGGACGUCAGUGGCUCCUUAUUUGACGAAAACACGAAGCAGUGGAACCUUGGACACCUGGGAACCAUUCAGGACCUGCUGGAGCAGGAGUGCGGAGUGGUCAUCGAGGGCGUCAACACCCCCUACCUGUACUUCGGCAUGUGGAAGACCGCCUUCGCCUGGCACACGGAGGACAUGGACCUUUACAGCAUCAACUUCCUGCACUUCGGGGAGCCCAAGACUUGGUACGCGGUGCCCCCGGAGCACGGUCGGCGCCUGGAACGCCUGGCCAGGGAGCUUUUCCCGGGCAGCUCGCGGGGCUGUGAGGCCUUCCUGCGGCACAAGGUGGCUCUCAUCUCGCCCACGGUCCUCAAGGACAACGGCAUCCCCUUCGGUCGGGUCACGCAGGAGGCUGGAGAGUUCAUGGUGACGUUUCCCUAUGGCUACCACUCUGGCUUCAACCAUGGCUUCAACUGCGCCGAAGCCAUCAAUUUCGCCACCCCGCGCUGGAUCGAUUAUGGCAAAGUGGCCUCGCAGUGCAGCUGUGGGGAGGCCCGGGUCGCCUUCUCCAUGGACGCCUUCGUGCGCAUCCUGCAACCCGAGCGCUAUGAGCUGUGGAAACGCGGGCAGGACCGGGCGGUGGUGGACCACACGAAGCCCACGGCGCCUGGCAGCCAGGGGCUGAGCGCCUGGAGGGAGGUGCGUGCGCCUGCAGGAGCUGCGCUUGGCCCGAGGCACCCGCAGUCCCGCAGGGCCCCGCGCCGUGGUCGGCCUGUGGCUGCGAGCGGUGGGACCCGCCACGGAGCCCCUGUGCAUUCUGUGUCCCUGCGCCGCUUGCCGGCCCGGGGUUCUUCCUCUGCUGCCCCGUUCGGGGCUUCAGCUGUCCGCUAUUUCCUGGAGCCUGGCCGGACCCGGCCACCGACCCCAGGUCCAUCAGUCCCUGAGGUACAGCCAACUGGCAGAUGCGGUCCUCGUCGUCGUUCUUCGGAAGAGGGGACUCGGGAGCCGACUGUCCAGGCCCGAGCUAAGAGGCGGCUCUCGGUAGACACAGCUCAGGACCCCGAGGCUCAGGCCCUGCCUGAGGAGGCACCUCGGAAGGACAACCCUGCCCCGCUCAGCCCUGGGCUCCAGCAUCCCGCUAAGGCUUCCAUGUGUGGCCGUGGCCCUGUCUCCUAAGCCCAGGGGAUGCCUUUGUACCCCACUGCUCUUGUGUGUGGAGGAUCCUUGAGUCUGGUCACAUUUACUCGUCAGAGCUUUGGGUGUGUGCAGGUCGCUAGUCUUGCAUGAGAGUCCCUCCUGUGCUGCCGCUGGACAUGCUGGGUCCAUGGGGUUUCCCAAAUGCUCCAAAGUUUGUUCUUCCUCCCAAACCCUGGAAUCUUUGGACACUGCUGACUCCUGUGUCACCGACUGAGGUUUCACCCACUGGACACUCUAGUGUCUCUGCAAGCUAGAUGCUGCUGAGGUCGCCAGAGCCCAAUCUACCUCAGACUCCCAUCCUGCGGGCCAGCUCUGGAUGCUGCUGAGCUUCUGCAGAAUCCUGGGUGUUGAUGCCCCUCCAGUUCUCUCCCCUUUUCCUCUUCCCCUUCCCUUCCCGCUUUUCUUGCCAAACUAGGCCCUUUUGACCAAUUAGGUCAAUAGAGGCUCAGAUAAUCAUUUAUAACCUUUUUGAUGCAUUGAAAAUGUGUUCUCUGCCAGCAUUUGGUCGCAAAUAUA